CUGAAAUUACUGCUCGUCUAGAUCUCAAACUGAUCUAUAUAUUAUUUUUUAUUUAUUUUUUGUAGGUGAUCAUGAAGGUAAGAUAUUCUCUCCCCCUGCCAUAAAGGAGUUGAAGACUUUUGAGAGUGGAGAUGUCAGAAGUUGAAUUUGGGUGAAACCACUUGCAGCAUGUGUUGUGUUCUAUUUCAAUUGCUUUUGUUUGAUAAUUGCAAACAGCUGAAAUUCUGUCAAUUUUGACAAUAAACCUGACUUUCAAUGAGGGUGAAUAAUUUUUACAACUGUGAGCUUGUCUCAGUGAUUGUCUGUUACUUGUCUCCUCUCCCCCAUUCUAUGACUGUAAAGCUCCUAUAUGUCAUGUGUUUUUAUUAUUUAUUUUGUGGCCGGUUCUUGCUGCACAAUGUGUAAUUUGCCGUUUCUGCUCUUUUUCAGAACACCUGUUUUAUCAGUGGCUUGAAGGUAAGUGCUUCUCAGUUUGUUCAGCUGCAAUUCUUCCUCUGGGGCAAGAAGCUAGCACUCAUUCGAUUUAAUAUUCUUCUUCAGCAGCAUAUGGACUGUGGUGGGGAAACUGACCUAUAGAACUAAAUAAUGCUCCUGUACAACAUUUUAAUAUAUGUAUGAAAGGCAAGGCUUUGUAAAUGCCUUCGGAGUGUUUUUUGGGAAGGCUCCAAGUUUAGACGUUUAGCAGGUCAGCUCACGGAACAUGAAGUGAUAAAUAUGGAGUUCCAGGGUCUAUACUGUUAUCUCUACAGCCACAAACUUGAUCUAUUCCAAUUCUUUUAGAUCUUUGUGUUGAAAAAAGAGCCUUUUACCGGUUGGUAUCCGGACUCCAUGCAAGCAUCAAUGUCCAUCUGAGCGCCAGGUAUCUCCUGAAAGGUAAGUAUCGUGGUUUUUGUUUUGAAUUUUUUUUCCAUGGUUUGCUGGCUACCAGCCCUGUUGUAAAUGCUGUUCUUAUAACGGAGGACACAUGUAGCAAUUACUGAGGGACUGUAACAUAAAUUGAACAGUGGUCAGCACUGUUAUACUUGGACACUAAACAGUAGAUUCUAAUUAUCGGCGUUUGUCUGUCUGUGUCUCUCUAAACAUCUAUUUUGUCUUCUUGUAGAAACGUGGAUGGAUAAAGUCUGGGGCCACAAUGUAUCUGAAUUCCAGAAGCGAUUUGAUGCUUUGCUUACCAAGGGCGAGGGGCCAAGACGACUGAAGAACUUGUAUUUUAUUUAUCUCAUUGAGCUCCGGGCCAUUUCCAAGGUUCUCCCGUACUUUGAGCGUCCGGAGUUUGUGCUUUACACAGGAAAUCGAAGCAAUGACAUGACGACCAAGCUGCUACUGGUGGACAUUCUCUACGCUGCCAAGUAAUUACCCAGGGGCGGUGAGACAGGGAAACUUAUUAAGAUAUCCCCCCUCUUCUUUUUCCAUUCCUUACGAGAAGUUUGAAUUACUAUUCAUUUUUAUUUUUUCCCGCAUGUGAUUUGCAGGUCAUUUCCUCUGCACUUUGAUGAAAAUGCCCUUUUCGCUGGGGUUGGUAAGGAAGCCGAGCAAUUAAAGGUAAUGCCCCUAGAGGGCACAUACAGCAUAACGCGGUCACGCCCUCCACGUGACUCUGCACAUACAGAAUAAUGCGGUCACGCCCUCCACGUAUCAUACAGAAUAACACUGUCAUGCCCUCAAUGUGUGACCAGUGGCGGAUCCAGAGCCUGAUCUCGGAAGGGGCACUUGUAGAUUAUUUAAAGAAAUAAUCCAGACACAAUAACUACUACAGCUCAGUGUAGUGGUUAUGGUGUCAAUAGUGCCGGGACCCCCUCCCACAGUAAGUAGUCAAACCGUUUAAAACAGUUUGACAACUUACCUGAGAUCUGCUGGGAAAUGGGGCUGUAGUAGGGCAUAGGAGCAGUGGUGUGUGUGAGUGGUGCAAUGUGUAAGGGGUGCAGUGUGUGUGUGUGUGUGUGUGUGAGGGGUGGGGACAGUGUGUGUGAGCAGUGUGUGUGUGUGUGUGUGAAGGUUGUAGUGUGUGUGAGUAGGGGGCAGUGUAUGUCAGGGGAUGCAGUGUAUGUGUGGGACAGUAUGUGUGUGUACAGUUGCAGUGUGUAUUGGGGGGCAGGUGUGUGUGUGUGUGUAUGUGGCAGUAUGUGUGUAUGGGGGGCAGUAUGUGUGUAUGGGGGGGCAGUAUGUGUGUGCUGGGGGGGCAGUAUGUGUGUAUAAAGGCAUGGGGGGCAGUGCUUGGGGCAGUAUGUGUGUAUGGGGGUGUAUGUGUGAAUGGGGGGCAGUGGGGGGGGGUUGGUGCAAGUGUGUGUGUAAAAGGUGUGUGUGUGUGUGUUAAGGGUGGUGGGGGGCUUUUUUUUAUAAUAUAUAUCUUUAUUUAUUUAAUUAAAAAAAACAAAUAUUCUAUGUCCCCCCUCCCUUCUUACCUUUAUUGAGGAGGAGGGGGACAUAUUUUCAUCCCUGGUGGUCCCAGUGGUUACAGUGAACUUCUGCCCCGCUGCCCGGAUCCGCCAGUGUGUGAGACUUGGCACAUACAGAAUAACAGGGUCGCGCCGUUGAGGUGUCACGCCCUCCACGUAUCAUACAGAAUAACGCGGCCACGCCCUCUACGUAUCAUACAAAAUAACGCGGCCACGCACUCCACGUAUCAUACAGAAUAACACGGUCACGCCCUCCACGUGUGACUCGGCACAUACAGGAUAACCCUUUCCCAUCUGAUGACUUUAACAAGAAUUAAAGGAACAACUCAGAGCAGCCACCAAUAUCGCACAUACUGGUAACAUCUACAUGUCCCUGACACAAAUUUUCCCCCGGCUGUCUAGAAAGAUCAUUAAAUAAUAAAAUAACUCUCUCUCUCCCUCACUGUGGCGCUAUGGGAACCACCGGAACUUUACACUAAACUAUUAUCGCAAUAAAUUCUAUUUAAUGAAACUGCCUUUAACGCUAAUUGCUGUUACUUGUGUCGUGUACAGAACAUUUUUCUUUUUCUCUCAGAUGGAAUUUAGACAUCACUUUAGAAACAUUUCCAAAAUCAUGGACUGCGUUGGUUGCUUUAAAUGUCGCUUGUGGGGAAAGCUGCAGGUUAGUUGGUUUUCACAUGGCUGGCCAAAUUGUUUGUAAUCUGGAAUAAUCAAUUUUUAAUUUUUAAAUUUAUUUAUUUUUAACCAGACACAAGGAUUAGGUACUGCCCUCAAAAUCCUGUUCUCUGAAAGACAAAUCGCUAACCUGCCAGACCGAGAGCUGUCUCAGGGCUUUCAUCUUAAACGGCAAGAAAUCGUAGCGCUGUUUAAUGCCUUUGGCCGGUUAGUAUUUCUAAAUCAGUUUUUUUUUUUUGUUUUAUAGUCAGGUACCCUGUGGUCUCUGACUGCAAGGGAGAAGGCUGGAACUAACAAAGUAGCCAAACAAACUUUUACUCAAUCGCCUACAGCAUCAUAGACAGAGGGGCUUAUUCACUAAACUCCAUCGUAGCGCGUUGGAAAAACAAAUGAUAAAUUUAGGCGUCCCCCCAGCACUAUUCGCCCUGGAUCUUGUAGUUUCACUACAUAGAACACUUGCUCCUUUUUGUUCAAUUUACCUGUAACACAACAAUGUCCAGCCUCCUGUAUGCUGCCCCUAGUGGCUGUGCAUGUUAGAUGCACUUUGUAAUGGCUCCCAAUGGAAAGUGGAGCAGGUUGUAACAUUCUCUACCUCCUUUCCUUCUCUCUAGAAUAUCUACAAGUGUUAAAGAACUGGAGACCUUCCGGGCACUGCUGCAGAAAAUAGCGAGAGAAUAAAAGGGAGAAAAAUGUAUUAUACUUUUAUUUUUCUUGACUUCUCAGAGGUCUCGUCCUGUUAAAAUGGAAACCAUUGAUCAUGUGGUAAAGGUUCCGGAGGUACUGCUCUCCUGUUGGAGAGCUUUGCUGUUUAUACUGUAAAAUAAAUGGAUUUAAUAUUUUUUCACUA